AUGCUCGAACUGAGCGGUGUGCACUUGGAGCUCCUGUACUGCCCUCUGAAUGCUGAGAGCGAAUUUUUAAAUCCUUUUGACCCUGACUUCAGAUUAACGACGGUGGAGAAGGCCUUCAAAGAAGCACUUGAAGGGGAAGAUUCCCUGAAAUCUGCAACCAGAUUAAAAAGGGAUGUUAUUAUUAGAGGAGUUCUAUCAGUGACUGUCAUCUCUGCAGAGAACUUGCCAGCUAAAGAUAUCUUGGGAAAAUCUGAUCCUUUUGUGGUGCUAAGAAUGAAGAAGUCUGAACAGACGUACAAGACUAGGGUCCUCAAUGAUACCUUGAAUCCAGUUUGGAAUCAGACAUUUGAUUUUGUAGUUGAGGAUGGGUUACAUGAGUUGCUAAUCCUUGAAGUUUAUGACCAUGACACAUUUGGGAAGGAGAAAAUGGGUAGAUGCAUCAUGACUCUGACGAGAGCUAUACUGGAGGGAGAAUUUACAAAUAGUUUCCAUAUUGAGGGUACCGAUUCAGGAAGGUUGAAUUUGAGCAUCAAGUGGACUCGACAACAAUCAGUCGAGAUUGAUCGAGGUCUGAUCUAG